AUGCUUUAUUUACUGGCCACCAUCCUUCUUAGCUCCGCCGUUUCCGCCCAGAAUGCAAACGCAGCUUCCACUCGCCGUCUCAUAGGCGAAGACCGUGAGAGUGGUCGUCGCUGGGGGGUCGCAGCCACCGAUUUAGGCAUUCCGUACGACCAGCACAAUGGCGAGAUCGGAUUCCUUUUUGGGGACACGGUGAGCACGAAGUGGGUGCAAGAAGCCAAGGACCUGCGCUCGCCAGUUAUGCUGCGCUCGGGGAUACAUCCCGGCGAAGAUGGCGGGAUUGUGUUUGAGAGUGCGGCAGGGGUCGACGGCGAUGGCCUCGCACCCAGACUCUUUUACAACGGAGACCGGGGCGAUGAUGGCACAGGCACAGGCACCUGGGAGUUCACUGUCCUGCCGAACGACGGUAUCAGCUUCCCUGAGACCGGUGAACAUAUCAUCUCGUACUUGAGCAUAAGGAACUUCACAACGCCAUGGACUCCCAACUACUCGGGGCUGGCAUACUCGACAGACGGCAAUACCUUCUCGCGGCUCCCAACCAAGUGGCUGAACAACGACAAUAACACCGAUCCAUUCCAGAUGUGGACAAUGCAGCGCGAUGGCGACUGGGCGUACAUAUUUACAGUGCGCCCAGCUCCGCAGUACGGCCCAAUGAUGCUGCAGCGCGUACCAUGGGACAAGAUGACAAACAAGGCCGAAUACCAGGGCUGGGGAUGGAAUGGAGAGGACUGGGGCUGGCAAAGACCCUGCUCCCCUAUUCUGGAGGGAUACUUUGGAGAGCCGUCGGUGCGCAGGCUUUAUGAUGGUACUUGGGCCAUGGUCUAUCUGAAUGCGAGCACUGCAUCGCCGCAUAUCGCCUCACGCAGUGCAAAGGACCCUACUGGGCCCUGGUCCGAAGAAAAGGUGCAAGUUAAUCAAGAGGGGGACGGGUCGUUUCUGUACGGUGGAUUUAUCCAUCCUUGGUCGACCAGCAAGGGAAAUCAAUUGUACCUCAUGGUGUCAAAUUGGACGAGCACGAGCAACCUGUCCCAGACAACUGAGGCUGUCGCAGACUACGAGGGGAUUGUGUCUGUCAGUCAGUUUACAGGGACACUGUAA